GAGUCCAAGAAGUACUACUUUGUCACCAUGGGAACAGACUGCCACUUCACUAUGCAGGCUGCCUCCCCCAAGGACAAGGUGCCCACCACUAACCGCACUUAGCCCCCACCUCCAUUUUGGUGCUCCCUACAGAUGUAUGCCCAAUAUCCCAAAUCCACUCCUAGGCCUAGAUCUUAGAGGACUGGAUAAGUAUAUGCAAUAUGGUAAUAUUUCCUUCUUGACUUCCCACACCUAUCCAGUCCUUUCAGAUCCAAGGGUUAGGGGCUAGGGGUCACUGAGUGAUAAUCCCAAUACUUUACACAUUAUCUUCCUUGCAAUGUCCAUCACCUAAACAUGCCCCCCUUCCUCUUCUCCCUGUGAAGGUACAGUUCCACUUCCGCUUCUUCCUCGUCUACAGCCUGCUUCGUUUAGCACCCCAAAGUCCCGCCCCCCUCUUCCCUGAGUCCCCCCGGGGCCUCCGAUUGGAGCCUUCGACUCCAGUGGUGGAGCCAGGGGACCCAUGUCAUGCGGGGUCAUACAUUCAGUUCUAUGACGGGCGGGACAAGAACUCACCUCCUAUUGGGCCACCGCUAUGUGGGAAGAGCCCACCCCGCCCGGUGCUGUCCACAGGGAAUCACCUGACCCUGCGUCUGGCAACCCGCGGUACCCAGCCCAGAGUGGACUUUGUGGGGGACUUUACCUCCUUCAGACUGGGUGAGACAUGACACGUGGAUGUUUGCCACAUAUUAAUUAGUUGUAGUUUUAUAAUCGUCUGACGUCAGUGUUGAAAUCUAACUCAUCAUUACAAUCGUAGCCAACUCAUAAGCUGUAGUUUGUGCAGUUUGUAACCAAUCAAAUGUACCACCUUGCUCCAUCCGUUUUCAGGUUUUAACCAAUCAGCAUGCAGCGGCGAGCCUUAUUUCCUGUGUCAGAAUGGGAAGUGUAUCCCGAUGAGUCUGGUGUGUGACGACAAGGGCAUCGAUAACUGUGGGGACGGGAGCGACCUGGAGGAUCACCUGCCCUCAGGGUGCAAAGGUCACUUAGGUAAGACACCUGUGCAGCUACCUCUUCAACAAGCCAUUAAAGGUGUUCUAUGUGGCACUUUUCAGACUCAUUCUCACUAUUGUUACACUAUUCCACAGUUUAUACACUAUAUUUUGGUUUAUUGGUUAGGACAGAAGAAGAGAGGAAAGAUAGAGGAGAGUGUGCUGAAAUGGCAGUAGCCGGGUUCGAACCCAUGCUGUAUAUGUGCACCAGAGGCAGUAGCUUAGAUUGCUAGACCACCCUAGACCAUCCAAUUGUAUUAUUCUACUGCUCUUAUAUCCUGUACAACUCUUUUCCAUAUUAUUACUGUAAAUUGGAAUGUGUUCUCAGUCACCUUACCUACUAAUGGAAAGGUAAAUAGCACCUGUGUCCUCUCCUCAGCAGGUCAGCUGGCUCCAGCCCAAGCCCCUCCCCCAGCAGUGACCCCAACCCCUCCUGUCUUAAACCCGCCCACUUUUCCCAUGUCCACCUAUAGGAACUGUGGCACUCUGGACGGCGUACCCAAUCACGACUCAGUGACAGGUGAGUGACAACUGGUACAGGUGAUGCAGGUUAUUGUUUUCUUCUUGACCAACUAGGGGGUUGUUUUUAUACAAGGAUCAGUUCCCAACACCCUAAGCAGCAUUGGAAGAAAGCGAAUGUUUCUGGUUUCCAGGGAUACAGUAUUUUCAACCUAACUUCCGUUUCCCCUGAAAACGGAGGUGGGGACUCCGUUCAGGUGUCUUUUUCGCCUGCUACAUAAGGUUAGUUCCCAAUGACUUACCUGGUUAAGUAAAGGUUAAUAGAAUAAAUAUUUCAACCAAAACUCAGUGUUUUACUUGUACUAUAUCUCACAGUGGCUUUUUGUAAAAUAUCCCUUAUUUCUAAACUGCUGGGUAAGAUACUUUUUGGGAGCAUAAAUCAGUGUAGGGGUAUUGUACAGUAUGUGUCUGUAAACUCUAUUUGGGCACAAAGUAACAGGAACCUAAUUCAAAUGCAAAGCAUAUCGAUGACAGGGGGCAUAAAACUAAUUGGGCUGCCAAUAGGUCUUUAUUUCAACCUUAUCGGGGUGAAGAUGACCCCUUUGAGUGCCCAGUCAUGUUGGUGUUCUAUUGACAAUGGUGCAAAUAGAUACUGAGGCUGGCCUGGCCAUUAGCCUCACAUUACCUUUUUGUCUGUGGCAAACCACCAGAUAUCCAGUCAAGACCACAAUCAUUAUUUUAUUCAUUCCAAUUCAACUGGCUAACAGGAGAAAAAUGUCUGUGCAAAUUGCCAUUCGUGAUAACAGGUAUAUUUUUCUGCCUAAAUUAAGGGAUGAUUGCAUCGUCAUUGAAUACAAGGAAAAGUAUUUUCUGUGAUUUGGCAACAAAGCAUUCUGAUGUUUUUACUAUUCAAAUAAAAUAAAAUCAAGCUUUAUUUAUACAGCACAUUUCAGACAUGGAAUGCAACGCAAUGUGCUUUACAGGAAAAAACUAAUAAAAACAAUGAAAAUAAAAGCUGAAAUAUUUACUAAACAGCAAACAUAAGAUAAAAAUCUAAAGAAUGACACAAACUGAACAAUUAAAAAGCACCCUAAAGAAAAUAAAAGAUAAAAGAUGUGUUUUAAGAUCUCUUUUAAAUAUGUCCACAGAUUCAGCCCCCCUCAGGUUCUCUGGCAGGCUAUUCCAGAGGCUGGGGGCAUAAUAACUAAAGGCUGCCUCUCCAUGCCUCUUGGUUCUAGGCUUUGGGAUAGUUAAAAGGCCAGUGCCAGAGAACCUGAAGGACCUAUUGGGUACAUAACUUAAAAGCAUGUUUGACGUGUACUGGGGUACACAAUUGUGGAUUGAUUUAAAAACCAAUAAAAAAAUUGUACAAUUAAUUCUGACUCACAGGCAGCAAGUACAGAGACCUUAAAACCGGUGUAAUGUGUACUCUCCGUCUGGUCUUGAUCAGUACCCAUGCUGCAGCAUUCUGUAUGUUUUGCAGUUGACUAAUGGCGUUCUUGGGUAGACCAGACAGGAGAGCAUUGUAGUAGUCAAUCCUGCUUGUAAUAAAAGCAUGGAUGAGUCUCUCUGUAUCAGCCUGAGAGAGAAAUGGCCGCACCUUGGCAAUGUUCCUCAGGUGGUAAAAAGCUAUUUUGGUCACAUUCCUAAUGUGUGAUUUGAAAUUUUAUUCAGAAUCUAAAAUAACACGUAGGUUUUUUAUCUUUAUUGCCUGUGAAUUAAAAUGUGUGCUUUGGCUCCAACAAUAAGUACCUCGGUCUUGUCUUGAUUUAGCUGGAGAAAGUUGUGAGCCAUCCAAGUAUUUAAAUCACUAAUACAGUCUAAUAAUUUAUCCUUGGAGCUAAAAUCCUCUGGUGACACAGAAAUGUAAAGUUGUGUAUCGUAUGCGUAGCAGUGAAAAUCAAUGCUGUGUUUUAAUUUUUACCCCCUUUUUCGUGAUAUCCAAUUGGUAGUUACGAUCUUGUCUCAUCGCUGCAACUCCCCAACGGACUCAGGCCCACCAAGCCGUCCAAAACAUGACCCACCAAGCCGUCCAACUGACGACCGGAGUCAGCUUUCAGGCGCCCGGCCUGCCACAAGGAGUCGCUAGAACAUUAGCCAAAGAAAUCCCCCCGGCCAAACCCUCCCCUAACCCGGACGACGCUGGGCCAAUUGUGAGCCGCCCCAUGGGGCUCCUGGUCACGGCUGGCUGUGACACAGCCUGGGAUCAAACCCGAGGCUGUAAUGGCGCCUCAGCACUGCGAUGCAGUGCCUUAGACCGCUGCACCACUCGGGAGGCAAUGCUGUGCUUUCUGAUAACGCUGCCAAGGGGUAACAUAUAUAAACUGAACAGUACCGGACCCAAAAUCGAACCUUGUGGAACGCCACAUGUGAUAUGUAUUUUCUCUGAGUUACAUUAUGUUCAAGGGUGACAAAAUUCUCGACCGGUAAAAUAAGUCCUAAACCAAUUUAGAACUGGACCAGAGAGGCCAACCCACCUCUCCAGUCUUUCCAGAAGGACAUCAUGGUCAACAGUGUCGAAUGCAGCACUCAAAUCUAAGAGCACAGAGAGCUGUUUGGCAUCUGUGUUGGCUCUAAAAUAAUUUACCACUUUAACUAAGGCUGUCUCUGUGCUGUGGUGGGCCCGAAAACCCGAUUGGAAUUUUUCAAAAAUACAGUUGCCACUUAAAAAAUUAUUUAGCUGUUUGAAAACAAAUUUCUCCCGAAUUUUGCUUAAGAAUGGAAGGUUGGAGAUUGGCCAAAAAAUUGCACGCAGACCCCAUUGCUAACUGUACUCUACUCUCACCCCUCCACGCUCCUCCAGACUCUCCACCCUACUUGUCCCUGCUGGCGCUCUUCAUCGCACUGGGUGUGAUAGCUGGUGUGGUCCUGCUGUGUUGGUGCUGCUGGUCUCCAGCCUGGUUCCUCUGGAGGAUCAGUGUCUGCCGCUUCCUACCCUGCUGUAACUCAGCCUGUGCCUCCUGCAAGCUCUGUGCCCGAAGCUGUGCCCAGAACAAGGAGCACCGACCGGCUAAGGUUUCACCACAAGGACAGGUCCCAAUCAACUGUGCCGCCUUGGCCACCCUCACCACAGCCCCGGCUAACGCCACCACUAUCACUGUGUAG